ACCGAGGAUUUGACCGACGAUUUUGCGCCAUCAAGGCAGUCAAUGUCAAGUUAUGGCAACGAUUCACCUGCAACACCGCAAUCUGGAAGCGACAGUGAUAGCAAGGUUCACAAUUUAUCAUCAAAUGGUUCAGAUUUCCGCAAUGCAAUACAAUUACACCGAACGGAGUCACAGGUCUACCAGGAUGAGCUCUACAAUCCCAAUUUCGUAUACACAUCCGCACCACCGACAAAAUCAACGACGAACUAUCUCUCUCCUCAACGAAAUCUCAUCACAGAACGACUUCAAACUGCGAACGCUGCACGGUCGAUCUCACCCAACUCAACGCUUAACCGCGAGAGAUCUCCCUACCGGCAGGCGACCUCACCAAACACACUUCUGCAGGAUUGGAAGCCCUCUCCUGGUCAAGUAGGCACGGCCGCGAAUAUGCGUCUGCAGCAAAAAGAGGAGGCGGAGCGUGCAGAGUUGGCCCGACAGGCUCCUCCUCUGCGGAGAGAGCCGACGAAAACAAUGUCACCCCAAGACGCUGUGCUCGAGUACAAUCACGAGAAUGAGCCGCCGCUUUUUCAAGACAGUAUACCUGACGGCUACAAGCAGCACGUCAGUGGCUCUGAACAAUGGACAGGAAAUUCCUUCUUUGGACAAAGUUCUUCUUCGUUUCAGGGACAUCCAACCAGCAGCCAACCAAGCUCGACCUUCCCGAAUGUUGCAACUACCGAUCAGCCGUUUAUCCCGGAUUUUGAUUUCUCUUUGAUGCCCCAGUCCUCGGACCAGAUGCAGACGGCCAUGUUCCCGGUCAGCUACCAGACUGGGAAACUUAGCAUUAAUGAUUCAACACCGAACUUUCCGCCUGCUCUUCCUUCGAUGGAGUCCUCAGUAAGUGAUCUCGGACCAGGUACAUCGUCACAGGAG